CAAACACUGCGUUACUAUGGAGGCCGAGACACAAUCAGUUCAUGACACUCACCGGGACUGACCCGGGACAGCAGAGCGCCCCGCAGACAUGGAGGAGUCACCUGCUGAGGACAAACGAUUGGACUUUAUAGCGGACUACGUGCUGAGGACUCUGAAGCUGAAACAGGACAAAUGGCAGAAGUGCGUGUCCAGCGAGGACAACAGGCAGGUGCUGCAGGAGUUCUUGGACAGAGCCGAGCAGAGGACGCUGGUGGUGUCUGUGACGGCGGCCGGACUGCUGCAGCCCGCCGCCGCCUUCACGGCCGGCGCCAAGAACAAGGCGGUGUACUUUGUGAAGCAGAGAAAAGCAGCGCUGAGUCCAGACUCCAUGAAGGAUAACUUGGUCUACGGGGACUUGUCUUACGCUCCACUGGAUCAGUUUUCUGCUCUAGUUGAGGAGGUUGUGGCCCCACUGCUGUCUAACAGUAGGAACCACACUGAGUGGCCACAGGUAGUGUCUCAGGAUGUCAGACGCCACGUCCACUCCCUCAAGACCAAUGUGUUUGUGGUGUCAGGCCAAGUCCAAGGCAAGACUCUGCUGCCUCUCCCUGCGGGCUCUGAGAGAGUAGAGCAAGCUGCCCUGGAGACAGACAAAAGGGGGGAAAUAGUGGAUAAAAGCAUCAUUCACUCCUUGGAGUCAGCAGUGAUUGAGUGGAGCCAUCAGAUCCGCGCUGUCCUGAAGAAAGACUCCUCUGAGGCUCUGCUGGAAGGCAAAAACCCCACACCACACACAGAGCUGCUGUUCUGGAAGAACAGAUGUGCAGAUCUGGAGUGCAUCCACUCCCAGUUAAAUUCCUCUAAGGUGAAUAAGAUGGCGAUGCUGUUGGAGGCUGUGGAGAGCAGCUAUUUCCCUGCUUUUGCUAACAUGCAACAGGACGUCCUGGCAGCCUUGGAGGAAGCGAAGGACAUCUGCACCUACUUGAGGCCCCUGCAGCGCCUGUUUGAGGACAUGGAAAACGCAGAGUUUCCUGAUGUCAGGGGUCAGAUCGGACCUUUGAUGCACACAGUGUGUCUGGUGUGGGCCAACUCCAGAUACUAUAACACCCCAGCACGCCUCAUCGUUCUGCUGCAGGAGACCUGCAACCUCCUCAUACAGCAGGCCCGGGUGUAUCUAGUUCCAGAAGAAGUUCUGAGAGGAGAGGUAUCAGAGAGCCUCCUGAAGGUGCAGACGAGCCUGGAGAUCCUGCAGCUCUUCAGGUCCACUUACGAGGACCGUAGGGCCAAUCUGAACCAGUACCAGAGGAACGGGAGCUUGGUGAGGCCGUGGGACUUCUCUUCACAGUUGGUCUUCUCUGGACUCGACCAAUUUAUUAACAGAGUCAAGACCAUUAAAGACAUACUGUUGACAGCUGUGGACUUGCUGAAGCUUGAGAAAUUGGAGAUUGGAGGCGUCCGAGGCCGAGCCCUAAGCCAGCAGGUCCAGCUGCUCCAUCAAGAGUUCGUGGACACAUACAAAGUCUUCACUGAGAAGCCGUAUGACUGCUUGGACCUCAACAACAGGGAGUAUGAAGAAGACGUGAGGGAGUUCAAACUGAAGGUGGACGACGCAGACCGACGACUAGGAGCAGUCUUCUGUCAGGCCUUUGAGGACGCCUCUGGACUGGAGCACGCCUUCAAGGUUCUGGAUAUGUUUGGAAGCUUGCUGGAGCGCCCCUUAGUGGCCACAGAUGCUCUGGACAGAUACCCUCUCCUUGUCUCCAUGUUUAACAAAGAGCUGGACUGCUGUAAACUCCUUUACAGCAAACACAUCCAGACUGCAGAGGAGCUGGGUUGGACUCCAGUGAAUAAGAACAUGCCAGCAGUAGCUGGUGGGUUGAGAUGGGCCCAGGAGCUACAGCAGCGCAUCCAGACCCCCUUCUCCAAAUUCAGACACCUCUCCUACCCGUGCCUGGAGUCUGCAGAAGGAGCCAGGGUCAUUCAGAAGUAUGAGGAGAUGAUGCAACUGCUGGACAGAUACUCCUCAAGCCUGUAUGAGACAUGGACAGAGACUGUGGGCGAGAGUUCUCAGUACAACCUCAGCCUGCCAUUAAUCAGCAGAGACCCGGCCACUCGGCUCAUCUCAGUCAACUUCAACCCGCAGCUGGCAUCCGUGCUGAGGGAAGUGAAGUACUUGGAGGCCAGACAGACCGAGGCCAUACCUGAAACUGCAGUGCAGAUCUACACCACCAGGGGGCAGCUGUGGCAGUAUGUGGCCAACCUGGAGCUCACUGUGGGCCGAUACAACAAGGUGAUGCACUCUGUGCUCGACGUGGAGCAGCCUCUGGUUCAGGGCCAGCUGGGGGACAUCGACGCUCAGCUCAAAAAGGUGGAGGAAAGUCUGAACUGGAACAGCCAAGAUAUUUGGCAGUACAUCCAGGAGGUGCGAGACUCUGUCUGUGACCUGGAGAGCCGACUCCAGAGGGCCAAGGACAACGUAGAGGAGAUCCAGAGUUGCAUGAGGUCCUGGGCCAGCCCCUUGUUUGACAGGAAGGAGGGCAAAAAAGACGCACUGCUCAGCCUGGAUGACAGGGCCGAGAGGCUGGAAAGGUUGUACAGCCUGAUACAGUCCUCUGGAGAAAAGAUCCACUUCCUGCUUAAGAGCAAUCUGGAGCUGUUCAGAGGUGAGCAGGCCUCCGAGGAGUGGAAGGCCUACGUGGAGUACAUCGACGACAUGAUCAUCGACGGAUUCUUCAACAGUAUCGAGUGCUCUCUCAAGUUCUUCCUGGACAACACUGACCAGAGAGCGUCUGUGGCCCCUCUAUUUGAGGCUCAGCUGGAUCUGAAGGUUCCUGACAUAGUGUUCACUCCACCUCUGGAUUUUGGGGCGGGAGACAGUUUCUUUGAGCUGGUGGAGAGCCUCAUCAAUGAUGUGUUCAGAAUCUCCUCGCUGGUGCCACGGCUCGCCCAGCACAGCCCCUUCCCCCACUACCAGGCUGACAUGGAGGACAUGGCUGAUCUGGCAGACAUGCGCAAUCUCCUCAUGGAACGUGCGCAGGGCGUCAUGGCAACGUGCUGUGAGUUUCGCAACUCUCUGGACCGCUACAGCUACCUGUAUGUGGACGACAGGAAGGAGUUCAUGCGUCAGUUCCUUCUGUACGGUCAUGUUCUCAACAGCCAGGAGAUGGAGGGUUACACUGAGGACAGCGUCUCAGAGAGCCCGCCAACGCUGGAUAACUUUAGAGAGCAAGUGGACGGGUAUGAGAAGAUCUACGAGGAGGUGCAGGGUCUGGAGCCUGUGCAUGUGUUCCACGGGUGGAUGAGAGUGGAUGGCCGUAGCAUGAAGAGUGCCUUGCUCAACAUCAUCAAAAAGUGGAGCUUCAUGUUUAAACAGCACCUCAUCGACCAUGUAACCAACAGUCUGUCAGAUCUGGAGAAGUUCAUCAGUGUGGCCGAGGCUGGCCUGAACCAGCAGGUGGAGGAAGGCGACUAUGGUGGCCUGGUGGGGGUCAUGGGUCACCUACUGGCUGUUAAGGACAGACAAAGCACCACAGAUGCCAUGUUUGAGCCCCUGCAACAAACCAUCGCUCUGCUGAAGGUCUAUGAGCAGGAGCUUCCUGAUGUGGUCUACAAACAGUUGGAGGAGUUGCCAGAGAAGUGGAACAAUGUGAGAAAGCAGGCUGUGUUAGUCAAACAGCAGGUGGCGCCUCUGCAGGCCAUCGAGGUGACCAGCCUGCGUCGGAAGUGCGCCUCAUUCGACGUGGAGCAGCACACCUUCAGAGAACACUUUCGCAACAAGGGGCCCUUCAGGUUUGACAGCGAGAGCCCCUACCAGAUGUUGGACGCAUUCCAUCAGCAGAUCCAGGAGCGGGAGGCAGUGAUGGCCUCCCUGGUGGAAUCCGCCAGCCUGUUCGAGGUCACCGUCUCUGAGUACAAACAGCUCCGACAAUGCAGGCGUGAGGUGGGCCUGCUGAAGGAGCUGUGGGACAUGAUCACCGUGGUGGAAUCCAGCAUGGCGGCAUGGAGGACGACUCCCUGGAGAGAGAUCCAUGUGGAGGACAUGGAGCUGGAGUGCAAACGCUUCUCUAAAGAUAUUCGGGGGCUGGAUAAAGAGGUCAGAGCGUGGGAGGCCUUCUCAGGUUUGGACAGCAGGGUGAAGAACCUCCUCAUCUCCCUCCGGGCCGUGGCAGAGCUCCAAAACCCAGCGAUACGAGCCCGACACUGGCAUGAGCUGAUGGCUGCUACUGGAGUCCGCUUCACCAUGGACCAGGAGACCACUCUGGCUGACCUGCUGCAGCUGAACCUGCACUGCUUUGAAGAGGAGGUGAGAGGGAUCGUGGACAAGGCUGUUAAAGAGAUGGGCAUGGAGAAAGUCCUCUCUGAGCUCAACUCCACAUGGACAGGUAUGCAGUUCCAGUAUGAGCCCCACCACCGGACCCAGGUGCCUCUGCUGCGCACAGACGAGGAGCUGAUUGAGACGCUGGAAGACAACCAGGUACAGCUGCAGAACCUCAUGUCGUCCAAGUACAUCGCCCACUUCCUGGAUGAAGUGUCGUCAUGGCAGAGCAAGCUGUCCGUGGCCGACUCUGUCAUCUCCAUCUGGUUCGAGGUGCAGCGGGCGUGGACCCACCUGGAAAGUAUCUUUAUUGGCUCAGAAGACAUCCGCUCACAGCUGCCUGAGGACUCCAGGCGCUUCGAGGGGAUUGAUGCCGAUUUCAAAGAGCUGGCAAACGCCGUGCAUCAAACGCCCAACGUAGUGGAGGCCACCAAUAAACCGGGUCUGUUUGGUAAACUGGAGGACAUCCAGAGCAGGCUGUCUCUGUGUGAAAAAGCCCUGACAGAAUACCUGGACACCAAGCGUCUGGCCUUUCCGAGAUUUUACUUCAUCUCUUCGGCUGAUCUGCUGGACAUCCUGUCUAAUGGGACCAACCCGCACCAGGUCCAGAAGCAUCUGUCUAAGCUCUUUGACAAUAUGGCUAAGAUGCAAUUUGAGGCAGACGGAGAGGGGAAUCCUUCUAAAACUGGUCUGGGCAUGUACAGCAAAGAGGAGGAGUAUGUCCCCUUUAAUCAGUCCUGUGACUGCACUGGACAGGUGGAGGUGUGGUUGAACCGGGUUCUGGACACCAUGCGCUCCACGGUCCGUCAUGAGAUGACCGAGGCGGUGAUGGCGUAUGAGGACAAACCCAGAGAGCAGUGGCUGUUUGACUAUCCAGCUCAGGUGGCGUUGACCUGCACUCAGAUCUGGUGGACGUCUGACGUCGGCAUGGCGUUCGCCCGUCUGGAGGAGGGCUAUGACAACGCUCUGAAGGAGUACUACAAGAAACAGGUGUCCCAGCUCAACACUCUCAUCUCCAUGCUGAUUGGGCAGCUUACACCGGGCGACCGGCAGAAGGUCAUGACCAUCUGCACCAUCGACGUCCACGCCAGAGAUGUGGUGGCGAAAAUGAUCGCUCAGAAGGUGGAGAAUUCUCAGGCCUUUGUGUGGCUCUCCCAGUUGAGACACCGCUGGGAUGAGAAGGAGAGGCAUUGUUUUGCCAACAUUUGUGAUGCCCAGUUUCUCUACUCCUACGAAUACCUGGGCAACACGCCACGAUUAGUCAUCACUCCUCUAACUGACAGAUGCUACAUCACCCUGACCCAGUCCCUCCACCUGACCAUGAGCGGAGCUCCAGCGGGGCCCGCAGGCACAGGGAAGACCGAGACUACCAAAGACUUGGGCCGAGCCCUGGGCAUCAUGGUCUACGUAUUUAACUGCUCCGAGCAGAUGGACUACAAGUCCUGUGGGAGCAUCUACAAAGGCCUGGCUCAGACGGGGGCAUGGGGCUGCUUUGACGAAUUUAACAGGAUCUCAGUGGAGGUGCUGUCUGUGGUGGCUGUGCAGGUCAAAAGCAUCCAGGACGCCAUUCGAGAUAAGAAGCAGAGGUUUAACUUCAUGGGAGAGGAGGUGAAUCUUUGCCCCUCUGUCGGCAUCUUCAUCACGAUGAAUCCGGGCUACGCUGGCAGGACUGAGCUUCCUGAGAACCUCAAGGCUCUGUUCAGACCGUGUGCCAUGGUGGUGCCAGACUUCGAGCUGAUCUGUGAAAUCAUGCUGGUGGCCGAGGGCUUCCUUAACGCUCGCGUCCUCGCUAGGAAGUUUAUCACCCUCUACACGCUGUGUAAAGAGCUGUUGUCCAAACAGGACCACUACGACUGGGGCCUCCGAGCCAUCAAAUCUGUCUUGGUGGUGGCCGGCUCUCUGAAGAGAGGAGACCCCGGCCGAGCGGAGGACCAGGUGCUGAUGCGAGCUCUGAGAGACUUCAACAUCCCCAAGAUCGUGACCGAUGACAUGCCCGUGUUCAUGGGGCUGAUUGGGGACCUGUUUCCUGCUCUGGAUGUCCCAAGGAAGAGAGACCUGGACUUUGAGAAGCACGUGAAGGAGUCCAUUCUGGACUUGAAGUUACAGGCCGAGGACAAUUUUGUACUCAAGGUGGUGCAGCUGGAGGAGCUGCUGGCGGUGCGUCACUCUGUGUUUGUGAUCGGGAACGCAGGCACUGGGAAGAGCCAGGUGAUGAGGUCACUCCAGAGGACCUAUCAGAACAUGAAGCGCAGACCCGUGUGGGCGGACCUCAACCCAAAGGCUGUGACCAAUGACGAGCUUUUUGGCAUCAUCAACCCGGCAACCAGAGAAUGGAAAGAUGGCCUGUUUUCCAAUAUAAUGCGUGAACUGGCCAAUGUCAGUCACAGUGGACCUAAAUGGAUUGUUUUAGAUGGAGAUAUUGACCCGAUGUGGAUUGAGUCACUCAACACAGUCAUGGAUGACAACAAGGUGCUGACUCUGGCCAGUAAUGAGCGGAUCCCUCUGAACCCCACCAUGAGGCUGGUGUUUGAGAUCAGCCACCUUCGCACUGCUACCCCUGCUACUGUAUCGAGAGCAGGCAUCCUGUACAUAAACCCAGCAGACCUUGGCUGGAACCCGCCGGUGUCCAGCUGGAUCGACAGGAGGGAGGUCCAGUCAGAGAAGGCCAACCUGACCAUACUCUUCGACAAGUACCUCCCCUCUUGCCUGGAUACUCUCAGAUCAAGGUUUAAAAAGAUCAUCCCUGUCCCUGAGCAGAGUAUGGUCCAGAUGCUGUGCUACUUGCUGGAGUGUCUGCUGACUCCAGAAAACACCCCGCCAGACUGUGCCAAAGAACUAUAUGAGCUAUAUUUUGUCUUUGCUGCGGUCUGGGCCUUUGGGGGAGCCAUGUUCCAAGACCAGCUGGUCGACUACCGAGUGGAGUUCAGCAAGUGGUGGGUGGCCGAGUUCAAAACCAUCAAGUUCCCAUCCCAGGGCACCGUGUUUGAUUACUACAUCGACCCGGAGAGCAAGAAGUUUGAACCCUGGUCCAAGAUGGUGCCCAAGUUUGAGAUGGAUGCAGAUACACCACUUCAGGCAUGUCUGGUCCACACUACAGAGACCAUUCGAGUUCGUUACUUCAUGGACCGUCUCCUGGAACAUCGCCGGCCUGUCAUGCUGGUCGGGAAUGCUGGGACAGGGAAGUCUGUUCUGGUUGGGGACAAACUGGGAUCGUUGGAUGCAGAGAAAUACAUGAUUAAAAAUGUCCCAUUUAAUUAUUACACCACGUCUGCAAUGCUCCAAGCCGUGUUGGAAAAGCCCCUUGAGAAGAAAGCCGGGCGCAACUACGGACCUCCAGGCAGCAGGAGACUGAUCUACUUCAUAGACGACAUGAAUAUGCCUGAGGUGGAUGCAUAUGGAACAGUGCAACCUCACACACUCAUACGCCAACACAUGGACUACAACCACUGGUAUGACCGUAAUAAGCUGCUUUUGAAGGAAAUACACAACGUUCAAUACGUGUCCUGCAUGAACCCCACAGCCGGCAGCUUCACCAUCAAUCCACGGCUGCAGCGGCACUUCUCUGUCUUUGCCCUGUCGUUUCCCGGAGCCGAGGCCUUGAGCACCAUCUACACCUCCAUCCUGUCUCAGCACCUGAGAGGAGAGGGCUUUAGCGCCGCCCUGCAGAAGAGCUGUCCCAACCUGGUCCACUUAGCACUGGCCCUGCACCAACGCAUCUCCUCCACCUUCCUCCCCACCGCAGUAAAGUUCCACUACAUCUUCAACCUGCGGGACCUCUCCAACAUAUUCCAGGGCAUUCUCUUCUGUACCGGCGAGUGUCUGAAAGCCCCUCCAGACCUGCUGAAAAUCUACCUGCACGAGUCCAACCGGGUCUACAGAGACAAGCUGGUGGAGGAGCAGGACUUUCAGGUCUUUGAUAAGCUGCAGGCGGACACAGUGAAAAAGUUCUACGAGGACGUGGAGGAGACUCUGGAGCAGACCAGGGAGAUGAACCUGUACUGCCACUUUGCCCGUGGGCUGGGGGAGGCCAGGUACAUGGCUGCGGAGUCCUGGACCAGCCUCAAUAAAACCCUGCUAGAGGUGCUGGACAGCUACAAUGAGGUCAACGCCACACUAAACUUGGUGCUGUUUGAGGACGCCAUGGCUCACAUCUGCCGUAUAAACCGAAUCCUGGAGUCUCCACGGGGCAACGCACUGCUGGUCGGAGUGGGCGGCAGCGGCAAGCAGAGUCUGACCCGAUUGGCCGCCUUCAUCUCCAAUCUGGAGGUUUUCCAGAUCACCUUGAGAAAAGGCUACAGUAUCACAGACCUCAAGACUGACCUGGCAUCCCUCUACAUCAAAGCUGGCGUGAAGAAUAUUGGCACCGUGUUCCUAAUGACUGACGCCCAAGUGGCAGACGAGAAGUUCCUCGUUCUGGUCAACGAUCUGCUGGCAUCGGGAGAGAUUCCUGACCUGUUCCCAGACGACGAGGUGGAGAGCAUCAUUGGCAGCAUGAGGCCAGAGGUCCGCAGCUCGGGAUUGAUGGAUACAAGGGAAAACUGCUGGAAGUUCUUCAUCGACCGGGUUCGCAGACAGCUCAAGGUUGCUCUGUGUUUCUCUCCAGUGGGUAGUAAACUGAGGGUUCGCAGCAGGAAGUUCCCCGCCGUGGUGAACUGCACUGCGAUCGACUGGUUCCACGAGUGGCCACAGGAGGCGCUGGAGUCGGUCAGCUUCAGGUUCCUCCAGGAGGUGGAAAAUAUUGAACCUCAAGUGAAGGAGUCGGUCAGUAAAUUCAUGGCCUACGUGCACAUGAGUGUCAAUCAGACGUCCAAGGAGUACCUGGCCAACGAGCGGCGUUACAAUUACACCACGCCCAAGUCUUUCCUGGAGCAGAUCAAGCUGUAUCGCAGUCUGCUGGGCCAGAGGAGCAAAGACCUCACCACCAAGAUGGAGCGGCUGGAGAACGGCCUGCAGAAGCUCAACAGCACCUCCACUCAGGUGGAUGACCUUAAGGCCAAGCUGGCUGCUCAAGAAGUGGAACUCAAGCAGAAGAACGAGGACGCUGACAAGCUGAUCCAGGUGGUUGGGAUAGAAACUGAGAAGGUGUCCAAGGAGAAGGCAGUAGCUGACGAGGAAGAGGAAAAGGUGGCAGCCAUUGCUGUUGUGGUCAGUGGCAAACAGAGAGACUGCGAGGAAGACUUAGCCAAAGCUGAACCAGCUCUCCUAGCUGCUCAGGAUGCCCUUAACACUCUCAAUAAGAACAACUUGACAGAGUUGAAGUCAUUCGGCUCUCCGGUGGCGGCGGUGACCAACGUCACGGCGGCCGUCAUGGUCCUGACAGCACCGGGUGGCAAAGUCCCAAAGGAUCGUAGCUGGAAGGCCGCAAAGGUGAUGAUGGCCAAAGUGGACGCGUUCCUGGACUGUCUGAUAAACUUCAACAAGGAGAACAUCCCAGAGACUUGUCUGAAAGCUAUUCAGCCUUACCUGCAGGAUCCAGAGUUCCAGCCAGAGCUGGUGGCCUCCAAGUCGAACGCGGCAGCCGGCCUGUGCUCCUGGGUUUUGAACAUCGUCAAGUUCUACGAGGUUUACUGCGAGGUGGAGCCCAAGCGUCAGGCUCUGAGCAAGGCCAACGCAGAGCUGGCUGCUGCACAGGAGAAGCUCUCCGCCAUCAAGAGCAAGAUCAAUCACCUUAAUGAGAACUUGGCCAAGCUGACAGCCAAGUUUGAGAAAGCCACUGCAGACAAGCUCAAGUGCCAGCAGGAAGCAGAGUCAACCGCGCACACCAUUUCCCUGGCCAACCGUCUGGUGGGAGGUCUGGCAUCUGAGAACGUCCGCUGGGCAGAGGCUGUAGAAAACUUUAAGAAACAGGAGAGGACUCUCUGCGGGGACGUCCUCCUCAUCACCGCCUUCAUCUCCUACCUGGGAUACUUCACCAAGCACUACAGGCUUCAGCUCAUGGACAACACCUGGAGGCCUUAUCUCAGUCAGCUGCAGGUUCCCAUCCCAGUGACCCCCAACCUGGACCCUCUGACCAUGCUGACAGACGACGCGGAUAUUGCGGCGUGGCAGAAUGAGGGGCUGCCCGCUGACAGGAUGUCCACUGAGAACGCCACCAUUCUCACUUCCUGCCAGCGCUGGCCCCUCAUGGUGGACCCCCAGCUGCAGGGCAUCAAGUGGAUCAAAACCAAAUACGGCGAAAACCUGCGCAUCAUCCGCAUCGGACAGAGAGGGUACCUGGACGCCAUAGAAAGAGCACUGGCAGCAGGCGAUGUGGUUCUGAUAGAGAACUUGGAGGAAACGUUGGAUCCUGUUCUUGGACCUCUGCUGGGCAGAGAAACCAUUAAGAAGGGCAGGUACAUAAAGAUCGGAGACAAGGAGUGCGAGUACAACCCCAGCUUCCGCCUCAUCCUGCACACCAAGCUCGCCAACCCUCACUACCAGCCGGAGCUGCAGGCCCAGUGCACCUUGAUAAAUUUCACAGUGACCAGAGACGGUCUGGAGGAUCAGCUGCUGGCCGCGGUGGUCAGCAUGGAGAGGCCUGACCUGGAACAGCUAAAGAAUAUCCACUUGGUGGCUCGCUGGCUGGGUACUUUGGAGAAACUUCUGGAACAGCAUGCAGAGGGAAGCCACGAGAACUUCAGGGUGUUUGUCAGUGCAGAGCCGUCCUCCAGCCGCGAGGGCCACAUCAUCCCGCAGGGCAUCCUGGAGAACUCCAUCAAGAUCACCAAUGAACCGCCUACUGGCAUGCAUGCCAACCUGCACAAGGCCCUGGACAACUUCAACCAGGACACGCUGGAAAUGUGCGCACGGGAGAAUGAGUUUAAGAGCAUUUGGUUUGCCCUGUGCUACUUCCAUGCGGUGGUUGCAGAGAGGAGGAAGUUUGGUCCUCAGGGCUGGAACAGAUCGUACCCCUUUAACACAGGAGACCUCACCAUUUCUAUCAAUGUCCUCUACAACUACCUGGAGGCCAAUCCUAAGGUGCCGUUUGAUGACCUGCGCUACUUGUUCGGUGAGAUCAUGUACGGAGGUCACAUCACGGAUGACUGGGACCGCCGUCUGUGCCGGACCUACCUGGAGGAGUACAUCAAGCCAGAGAUGAUGGAGGGAGAGCUGUACCUAGCACAUGGCUUCCCCUUGCCUGGAAACAUGGACUACAACAGCUACCACCAGUACAUUGACAACACCCUACCUGCUGAGUCGCCCUACCUGUACGGCCUUCACCCCAACGCUGAGAUCGGCUUCCUCACACAAACCUCUGAGAAGCUUUUCCGCACGGUGCUGGAGAUGCAGCCCAGGGACGGAGGAGCCGGAGAGGGCGGCGGGACGACACGUGAGGAAAAGGUAAAGAAGACGACUUAGAGAAUUCAGGAGGAGCUAUUGGCAGAAGAAGAAUAUAAUAUUCAUAGGUAUAUUUCAUUAGUGGACUUUGACAAUAAAUAUGACACUUUGACAAUGAUGUUUUACUACAAAAUGGAUGAUUUCAGUUGGACAUUGAAUGCCCCCCUUUCUGUGGCCCUCACCCUUCAGGGAGAGCUAACCAUGACCACUGACAUGGAGAACCUUCAGAAUGCCAUUUUCCUGGACAUGGUGCCGGACAGUUGGACCAAGCGGGCUUACCCCUCCAUGUCCGGCCUGACCCUGUGGUUCACUGACCUGCUGGCCAGAAUCAAGGAGCUGGAAGCCUGGUCUGCGGACUUCGUGUUACCCUCUGUAGUGUGGCUGGCUGGCUUCUUCAACCCGCAGUCCUUCCUCACAGCCAUCAUGCAGGCUAUGGCUCGAAGGAACGAGUGGCCUCUGGACCGCAUGUGUCUGCAGUGUGACGUCACCAAAAAGAAUCGUGAGGAUUUCAGUGUACCGCCUCGUGAAGGGGCCUAUGUGCACGGGCUGUACAUGGAGGGUGCACGCUGGGACACACAGACUGGCAUGAUUGUAGAUGCCCGACUGAAAGAGCUCACACCGUCUAUGCCGGUCAUCUUCAUCAGGGCCAUUCCUGUGGACAAACAGGAGAACAGGAACGUGUACCAGUGUCCUGUCUAUAAGACACGCCAGAGGGGGCCCACAUACGUAUGGACCUUCAACCUCAAGACCAAAGAAAAUCCCUCCAAGUGGACUUUAGCUGGAGUGGCCUUACUUCUGCAGAUCUAGCAGGAGUCUGUGGUGGUUAUGGUGCCAACAGGGUCAAGGGUUCAAUUCAGUCCGGACCAAAUAUUUUCAAGCAAAAAAAUGAAAUAGUUUAGUCUUCCUCUUACAAAUGAAACAUUGAGUUCUAAAAUGAAAUAAAAAAAGAAAUAAAACACGUUGCUUAAUUCAGGGCAAUUAGAUUUUUGCUGCAACAACCUACUUAGCUUAUGAUAGCUGCUGUUAGCUAAUGUAAGCAAACUUUAGAGACAUUGCUGUGUCACUGGCUGAUUACAGGGUGAUUAAAUUUAACCUAUUUAAACCUGCAGAAACCCCGGAUUACUACAUCAGUUUACUGACUUUUCAAUCUCGUAACCCAUCGUCUACGGUCCAGCAAAGACUUCCAAUAACUUUGUUCGGAAUAUCUGUUCUGAAAAAUAUCAGAUAGUGAAGGGCACAGCUCAGUGCUACUGUAGUGAGAAGACACUUCAAACUUCAUUUUCAAUAUUUUUGCUGGAAUCCUAGGAAAUUGAGGGAAAUUCACUGUGCCGUAUCCUGUAAUUACCCCCUGAGGCCACAGUGACCACUGUUGCGAAAGUUACAGUCUCACUUUAAGUAAAAUUACAACUCUCUGCAUAAAAAAAGCACGUCUGCUUGCCCAAAUUUCUGGUGUCGUGUCCAGUGGCAAGAAAUCCCUCUCCACCCACCCACAGGACACAUCACAUUUCAAGAACAAAAUCCAAAGUGUCCCAGAAAGGGCACAAACAGAAAUGGGGUAGCUACUUUCUGGGUGUUGCAGUUUCAUUUUUGUCUCUUUCUUUCUUCCUUUUAAAUGCAGCUUUCUGAGCCUUCAGUAGCUAAAGACUGUUAAAAUCAGCCAUGACUAGUUUGGAGGCUCUGUUCGAACUACUGUAUCUAAGUUAUAAAAAUGCUAAUUAUCUGUAUGUGUUUGAGGAGAAAUUCUAGAAAUAUUGUGUAUCUGUGAGUCACUUUAUGAGGAGGUGUUACAGAGCUAAAGACGGUUGGGGAAUAUCACAGAAUAAAUUUAAUAUUGGGCGACUUCACACAUUUUAGCUCAAUCCAAAUCUGUAAAACUACCUACACUAUGUGCACAUUUUCUAAUGCCAUAAUCACGUCUUAGUUGAUCAUAUACAGUAUAUAUUUUUGUAUGUAUAUAAAUAACUUUAAAUUAA